AUGAAGGAGCAAUCCCGCAAGGAUGACUUGGAAUCGUGGUGGUACAUGAUUAUCGAGUUCCUGCUAGGAAAACUUCCAUGGGCGGACAUGAAGCCCAAUCAACUAGAUGAAAUCAAGCAUAUGAAGAAGCAGGUGCGACUGAAGCCUAACCUCAAGAAGUUCUUGAAAAACACACCGGAAGAGUACAUGACUAACAUUAUUAACUAUAUUGAUACACUUCAUUAUAAUUCAAUACCCGAUUAUGACCAUAUAGCAGCACAUUUGGCGGCGGCUGUCAAGGCUUACUACCUAAACUACGACUCGCCGCCAGAUUGGGAUCUUAUGGCCGAAUAUAAGGGGCCACGAUACGAAAAGGCGGUAGAAGGAGGAAAAGACUAA